UAUCGUCCUCGGCACUGGGCAGCACGUCCUGCACAGCGAGCACUUGCGCCUACCGCGCUCAAACGUGCCGAACCUCUGUGUCUUCCCCUUUUCCCCUCGUCUCCGUUGCGUAAUUCGGAUUUUAUUUGCACGCCUAACCGUACCCACGAGCCCGGCGGUCCGAUUGGCCUCGCCUGAAAUCAGUUGUUUAUAAGCCUCGUUCAGUUGCUUUCAUAAUGAGCAGCCAUCCGCCCGCGACCGACAACGCUCCAUCUGACGGUACCUCGCAGCCGCCCAAGCAAUCUUCCCCGACUCACCCCCCGGCUCAACCAAAGAAAUCAAGAAAGGCCAGAACAAAACCGGGGGCCAAUUCCCAAGUCUCACCAAGAGAGCCCACGCCUACGUCUAUCGUGGAUCACUCACGCAUCUCCAACGUCAGGGAACAGCCGCCGUCGGAAUCCUCGCCUCGCUUUGGUGACCACCUCCCCCACUACGCCGUGCACGGACAGUCCUACGUCCUACACCCAGGUUAUGCAAUGAACGGCCAUUCGUACCAGUCGUCGCCGUCGCCGUAUCAGCAGCCUGCCUCCGCUGGAUCCCCUCACAACGGCCAAGGCUCCCACAUGGGCCCAGGCAUCCCUGGUGCGCCAACCUAUCCGUACCCUGUCCAGCAUCCCGCCUACGGACACCCAUACCCUUCGUACCCACACUACCCAGCCCCGCCUAGCGUGGUCAUGUACGGCGCGCCUGCCCCAAGUGCGCACGCCGAGCACCCACAUCCAUCAUCCCAGUCGCAAGCCGAAGCAUCGACACCACCGACGCCGGCUCCCGCGACAGGGAAGCGAAAAAAUUCGUCCGGCGACGCAACCCGUGGAGGUUCGGCCAGCGCAGCUGGGCAGUCAGAGAGCAAAAAACGGACAAAGACUCAGCGUGCUUGUGAUAGCUGUAGAAGCCGAAAGAUCAGAUGUGACGUGCUAGCGGACACCGAACCACCUGAGUGUCAGCACUGUAAACAAUACGGCUUCGAUUGUACCUUCUUCCUUCCCAUCACCGAGACACGCUUCAGGAAACAGAAGCUAGAAGCGUUGAAACAGGAAGAGGAGGAGAAGGAACGGCACCGAGGCGACGCGACGACGGUGCAGUCUCCCACAACGGAUGGCGGUGGCCGCAGCUCAGAGGUCCGCGUUUUUGGGCCGACCUCACCCGCCUACCUGCUGCAUUCCCAAGCGAUGAUCUCAUCGCGAACAUACGAAAGCUACGACACGCGGUACCACCAUACUUGGGAUGUGAGCACUGGCAACGACGGCGUCCUGCAGGUACACGAACCGCAGCCGCCGGGCGAGAUGCAGCUCGCGCACCCGAAGCCGAUCGACCCGUCGAUCGAACGAGAUGUUGUUGAGAAGCUGCUCAAUGCGUACUUCGCGGACAUCGCGCCGCUGUUGCCCGUGAUCACGCGAGAAGAGUUCAUCGCGAGUAACCCGCCGCAGCCGAUCUUGCUGUAUUCGAUCUGUCUCGUCACCGCGGCUCGCCGCGAAACCCCACAAGCCACCUUUGACCAGUUCCGGUUCGCAGUGAACAGUCUGAUCAAGCAGGAAGACGUGCUCUCCACGGCAUCCAUCGUGAACCUUCAGGCGUUGUUGAUCCUCUCCAUGUGUGGUGAUUGCCACUCACAGUAUGCGCCACACGCGCUGUCAGCGCUUUGGGUCCGGCUGGGAAGUGCUAUUCGUAUGGCGCAGGACCUCGGCUUGCACCGUGCAGAGGCGGUCAAGCAGAACAUCGAACUCAGGCGGCGUCUGUGGGUCAUCUGUGUCAUUCUCGAUCGAUGGGUGGGCGUUACGUAUGGGCAUCCGUCCAUGAUAGACGUGAACGACUGCGACGCUCGGCUGCCCUCGUCUGGAGACGAAACGGACCUGUAUUUGGACUAUCUGGCACGCCUGAGCCUAAUCCUAGGGCGUGUGAUGAAGAAUAUCUAUAGCCCGGCCGGCUUGAGCGUAACGACUGAUGAAGCGCUGCAAGGCAUCCUUACCGAUCUCGAAGGCUGGCGGGCAGCGCUGCCGGAGGAGUUACAGUUUCGCGGGACCCAGACUCCUCGGAACGCAGGCCUUCUGCAUAUGCUCUACUCCUGUGUCAACAUGCUAUUCUGGCGCGUGUUCAUGCGCAUGUCGUACACAUGUCCCGAGCAUCUCAAGUUCGCGCUCACGGUCGAGAAGUGGACCGAGCUCGUGCGGCUCACGGGCGACGCGAUCGACUGGCUGGAACACAACGAGAGGAUGUACGACGUGUGGUUGCUUGUGGCCUACUGUGCCACCUCGUGUGCCCUUGUUCAGUACCACACGUUCGCUCGUCGUCAGGACGAGGAGGCCCAGAACAAGCUGAAGAAGCUCCGCGACUGCAUCCGGCGCUGGGAGGCCGCAAUAUCGUCAGACCAUAUGUCGGCUCGACGCAAGACCGCGGAAAUCAUCACGCUCCUGUACGAGUCGACGCAGCACCCGCUGAACCCCGAGGCCCCCGCGCUGAAUCCGACGGGUGGCGUGAAAGUCAAGCCGCCGCUCGGCGGGCUGGUGUUCCGCAAGGACUCGACGCGUCCUGGUGGCGGCGUCUUCAUAGCGCGGCGUGAUGCCAAUCCCGAGGAUCUGAAGCAUCUGCCCGAAGGAACGGUCAUUCACGAGCAGUCGGAAGGUGAGGCGCCGGCGUCAUCCCCUGAUUCUCAGAGACCCAACACGAUGGCUUGGACUCCAGAGAGCGCAUCGUCUCCGCAGAGCCAGCAGCACCGCACACCAAGUCGUCACCCGCACACUUCCCCGACGAUGGUGAACUACGCGCCGCUCGUGGGCGCCAACUACCCGAACGUGAACCCGGCGAUGAACAACGGGUUUGCGCAGGCGCAGCAGCGAAGCAAUGGCGGCAACGCGAUUCCGCCGGGGCACGUGCAGGUCAUCAAUUUGCUCGACCAGGCGCAGGGCGCGAACGCUCUCGAGCAGCUUGCAAUGGCCGAGGCAGGCUUCCUCGAGGGCAUGCCUGCGACAAUCUUUGACUGGGGCUCGUGGGACAGCUUCUUCGCGCGCAUGAACCAGACGCAACACAGCGCACAACCGCCAGCCGCCGCGCAUUACCAUCAGCAGCCAUACAACUCGGCGCCACCGUCCGGACCCAUGUGACGAAGACGCACACUCUAACCGGACUUAUCUUUCGCUCUCUCGUUCUUCGACAUUGAUGAUGACGGUGACAAUGGACGUGGAGACGAGACGGCCGUUUUGACAUUUUUUCUUUACCUUUUUUUUCUUCAGUUUUGGCUGGAGAACCAGUUUCGUGGUCUUGCGCAGAUACUGGACGUAAUCUAGAUCCGUUAGUGGUUACUCUCGUCAGAGGCGCUUCCCCCCGUACACGCUUUUCC